AGGCACCACCUCCUUUUGUUUUGCAGCUGCUAUUGCUGCUGGCUGGACUUCCUGUUGACACCGUAAUGUUUAGGAAAGUGCUGAAAGGUAGAUACGCUAUCUAUUUAUACCGAUGCGGUUUUAUCUCAACAAGUAGAAAGUAAACACACGUAAAGCGUCUGUGACUGAAAAAUAAAAGGAAAACUACUGAGGCCGCUGGCUGGAAUUGUUUGUCCUGUGUCUUGUUCUUCCCAACUGGAGUGUGUACUGUAUGGCUGCACUGUGUUUCCAGGAACUGAAGGUGUUCACUCAGCGAGGCUCGAUUUAAUGACUGAUGUCCUCGGAUAGCUUGGGUUGAGCAGGAUUUGAUUUUAUAUGCCCCUUGUUUUGUGAUUUCUCUGCUAAUGGCUGAAGCCUGGGUGGAAGAAGAAGAAGAGGAGGAGCUGCGAGAUCUCCGGGAACCCGGGAAUAGACGGAGCAGGAGAGUGCACAUGAACCCAGCCACAGAUCGCUCUGAAAGAAAUAAACCGGAUCAGCGCCUCCCUAGUCAAGGACCUCUCUCCUCCAUACGGGCUGCCAUCAAAAGAUCAGGUUCAACCAGAGUUAAUUCUCCAAGCGAACAGCAGAGAGAUAGAAGGCGGCCGGAGAUCAGAAUCUUGGCUGUGGAGCCCCUCGGGCCGGCAACUUGGUUUCCAGGGGCUCCUGGAGGCUGUGGUGGUUCAGCAGCUCUCGGCUUUCCGCCCCCUGCCAAUUCUCACGGCCUCUGGGGGGGCAGCGUUCCUACAUCAGCUCAGCCACCGUCAUAUGACCAGGUAAUCAGAGAGAUUACACAUGAGCAGGUUCCCACGACAGCCACCAAUGCCCCCCCUCAGCCGUCAGCUGUGACUAUCUCAACGCAGACUGACUUUGAUGAGGCUGCCGAGAGCUCAGCCUCAGGAAGUGAUGUAAAUAGCCAGGCAGCUCAGAGUGAGCCUGUUCCUGCUGCUGUGAGAAGACCGCUCAAACCCCCAAGGCCAUCUGUGCGGCCAUCGACUAUUAAACAUUCCCUCAUAUCGAGAGAAUCUCCCCUCUCUCCCAGUGAGCAUCUGCUUGUCCCUGAAUUUUCUACUGACCCUAGUGAGUGUCAGGUUGUCCACACAAACGCUGUCUCUCAACCUCUGAUUAUCCCCAACGAACCACCGAUUGUCCCCAGCAAGCCACUGCUUGUUCCUGUAUCCUCGACUGUCCCUAGCGAGUGUCCGGUUGUCCACACAAACACUGUCUCUCAGCCUCCGUUUGUCCCCACGGAGUCCUCAGCUGUCCCCACUGAAUCUGCAUCUGUUCCUACUGAGUCUGCUGUUGUCCCAGUUGAGCCUGGCUUAGUGCUAGAACCAGCAGCCAAGGAGAGUGUGAUAAGACGUCCAGUGCCAAAGCCUCGGUCGAUGAUCAACUUGAAACCUAAAGCCAAAGAAGUACAGGUUGAGACAUUGGUGGAACUUAAAGAAGAUGAUGAUGAAAAUAGUAAGGUUUUGCCUAACAGUGUAGAACAAUCAACUGCUACUCAUCUGCAGGAGCUUUUAGAGGCUUUUUAUCCAGAAGACCAAAGUUAUACAGACAGUAUGAAUACCUACGGCAGCCAAAGAAAUAUCCGUGCUAGAAUACAGGCCUUCGAGUCCCAAAGCAGCACAGACAUCAGUGAUGGGGAGCUUUCGAAGAGACCAGAAAUCCCGCUCCGCACGCUAGCUCAAAAGCCCCCUGUGACAGCCUGUAGACCAUCUUUAGCCCCCAAACCUGUUAAUAGAGGAUCAGGGGAAUGGGAGACUUUGACAGAAUCGAAACCUGAUCUUGCCAUCAAGAAUGACCCUGUUUUUAUACUACCAAAGCUGCAGGGAACGCAGUUGCCUUUUGGUGGUAAACCAGAACCUCCCAAGAAACCCAUAUCCAAUUUUAUAAGUGAAAUAAAUAAUAGGAAUGACUUUGGGGACGAGUCAGGUUCUAGCAUUGUAAAUAAACUGCAGAACGAAAAAAAGAAGACUCCAGUCCCGGUCCCAAGACCAAAGUUAACCAAAGUAAAUGCCCUCCUUGAAAAUACGGACUUGACUGAACAACCAGUGGUGCCAGCUCCUCGACGCUCUCUUUUUGAAAGGGCUAAAGCCUUUGGGGCCCCAGAUGAAGCACCGGAAGUCAGUCGCCCCACUCCUCCACUGCAACAAGCGAAUUCAGGCCUUGACUUCAACAGCUUCGAUAACCAAAUCACACCGGCAGUGGUACCAGUUCCUAGGGCCUCUAUUUCUGAAAGGGCUAAAGCCUUUGGGGCCCCAGAUGAAGGACCAGAAGUCAGUCGCCCCACUCCUCCACUGCAACAAGCGAAUUCAGGCCUUGACUUCAAUGACUUCAAAAACCAAACCACACCGGCAUUACUUAGCUGGGACAGUGCAGAGAACAAAAGCUCAGAAGACACUGAUUUGUAUUUCUCCAAACUGGAAACAGCAAAUAAUGUGCCAAACCGCCAGAGCGUACAACGUAAACCUACAAUGAUUAGAAUCGGCAAACCACCAAACAGAUACCCCAAUGAUGUGGAUUGCCAGGCCGUUCCCCCCCUUCCUGCUUAUGGUCCUGUGGGUGGCUUUACUGGGUCCAAACCCAAGAAGCCCACCAUCGUCUCAAGAGCAGCAGGACUGGAAUCCGGGAUUUCAAUUGGGGGAGGAAAUUCAUUGGCUCGGCCACUCAUGCCAAGCAGACCCAGGGAAGCAAAGGUCCUUCCAAAUCGGCCCCCUCCAGCUAAGGGGGGUCCCAAAAGGCCUCCACCUCCCAAGAUUUCAGCUCAGCCCCCAUCUGUCCGCCGCUCCUCCUCUAUGGUUGGACUCCACUCUGCUGGGUCCAAGCGUCCACAGAGCAUGGUGUUACCAAAAAGGGGACCUGUGCUUCCUGCCAGACCUGGCCCGGGCCACCCCCUCUAUAACAACUAUACACUUGCAGUACCCCAUGGAAUUGCAGAAUGUGACUAUAUGUCUAGGAUCCCAGGAGAGCUGUCUUUCCAGAAGAAUGAGGUUCUGGUGCUGCUGCAGCAGAUCGACAGAAACAGUUACGAGUGCCAAGUAGGAGAUGAGAAGGGGAAAGUAUUCCAGUCUCGCAUGAAGAUUAUCACUCCGCUGAAUACGGACACAGGCUACACUGGAACACUUAAGAAGUCAUUUAGUGUUGGCAGACUUGAUGGAAGUAGCAGUGGUCUUCAAGGCAGAGUACUACAUGACUUUGCCGCAGAACACCCAGAUGAGCUGAUGCUGAGGGCUGGGGACACUGUGACCCAGCUGGAGAAAGUGGACGCAGCUUGGUACCACGGGACGUGUCGGGGCCACAGUGGGAUAUUCCCUGUGGACUUCGUUGAAGUGGAUGUUCCAGCAGCAUCCAAUGGAAAGAAAGCCAGCCCUUUUCCUGCCUCCAUCAGUGGUCCAAGAUGUGUAGCCCGGUUUGAUUUCGAAGGGGAGCAUGCAGAUGAGCUGACCUUCUUCGAAGGUGAUGUGAUUAAACUGAAGGAGUCAGUGGGCGAGGAGUGGGCCCGGGGAGAAGUGAACGGUCAGACUGGAAUUUUCCCCCUGAACUUUGUUGAAAUUGUGGAGGGCCUGCCCCCUGCCUCUCAACAGCAGUUGGGCCAGAAUAAACCCCAUAUUUCAGAUAUAAAUCAAAACAGUUUGGGAGAAAUAAAACAAACAUCACCCUUUGUCACAUCAUUCAAGGCCAGACCAGAGGUUGCUAGACCCAACCAGUGGUGUGAAGCGUUUUACGACUUUGCGGGCCAGACGAAUGAAGACCUGUCUUUCCUCAAGGGGGAUCGGAUACUGAUUACUGAGAAAGUUGACUCGGACUGGUACAGAGGGAGGCUAAACGGCAAAGAGGGGAUCUUCCCAGCUAUCUUUGUCGAAGGGCCCGCAGAGACAGUUGUUGGAGUGAAUCCUCAGCUUGGAGGGAGUAAAAAGGGGAAAGCUAAAGCAUUGUUUGACUUUGUUUCCGAGAGUGAAGAGGAGCUGUCCUUCAGGACAGGAGAUGUAAUUACAGUGCUGGAGUCAAUAGAUGCUGAAUGGUUCUGCGGAGAGUUGCAUGGUACAUGUGGCCUGUUCCCCAAGAACUAUGUCCAAGUGCUGCAAGAACCGUGAAGAUAUACUCAAACAUUUGGUCAGUCUGGAACUUGAACUAUUUUAAUACAGAAAGUUUCAUUUUAGUUGACCUACCUUUUAAGACGAGUAAUGGAUGGAGCAAUAUUUACUUUGCAACUGUGUGCCUUACAGGAGAAUCCAGCCUUUCUUUUACAAUGUGCCUUAUUUCAAUUGACUAAAUAAAAGUUUUGUCAGUGUGGGUCUUGUUGGCAGCCAUUUUUGUAAUUUACAUCGAAUCUGAAAAUGCUUUUUUGUGCAAUGUGCGUAAAUAUUAAUAUUUGUUUUCUCUUCUGACUAUUUGCUUUUCUGAAUACAAGGCUUUUAAUAGCAAAAUAGUGUAAUGUAAAAUGCAGUAACAUUUAAAUAAAACAGCUAACCAAGA